AAUCAUUUCUCGAUCUUUCAUUCUAAGUGGACCUUCAUAUCCAAACUUUCUCUCUGCUAAGUUCUACCACUUCAGAUCGAUCUACGGAGUAAAAGAACCCACUCAACUUUUAUUCAAUGCAUACGGCAUAAAAAGUGUACACGCACAAGCACACAUUUAAUUUGUUGAUCAGGAAUUUCAAAAAUUAUCGAAUGCGUGGUUGGUUUCAUUGUCGUGGUAGUGGAUUGAGAUCAUUGAGCAAUUGAGCAGAGCAGUUGAACAUUGUUCAAUUGUUUCGAACUUCCGAUUCUCCACCUUCGUUCGAUUCCUCCCUCCACUUCUGCGAAACAGAACUUCUCCACAGUCCACAAUUCUCAGUCAUCCAUUUUACAUCACAUCGAACCUUCUCCUUUCUUCAAAUUAGGGGCUACCCGCCAUCUCUUUUAAUUCGAGUUGCUCCCCGCCCGUUAACCUUAGCAGAAGUGGCCUUGCAUUCACAAUGGAUACUAGCUACCUAACGUCGCAGGUCUCGACGAUCAUAGAUGAACUUCAUGGCUUGUUCGAUGAGAUUGGUGUUCCAUCGAGAGAGCGAGAGUCUCGAGAGGCAGAGGUAUGUAGUGAUUACUUGGCUAUGAUAGAAGAAGUAGUGAAACCUAACAUUUCUAGUUAUUCGCUGCCCUCUCCGAGACCUUACACAACCAAGUACAGUUAGUCGCGAACGAAAAAAAUGAUUUGUCAGAAGAAGCACGCCGCAUUAUUACGACAAUUAAGCAGAUGGAAACUUCCCUUGAUGAUAACAAAGAUCAUCAUGAAUACGGAUCCGAAGAUGAUGAUCUCAAAAUUACAUAUCCAUUGACGCAAUGUUUACAAGUUUUAAACGAAAAACAUCUACGUAUAUCAAAGAUACAUAAGGAGAGAUUUGAACAAGUCAAGAGUAAGCUGCUCUACAUUCUUGGGAAUAACAAUGGAUUGUGCUAACAUGAUGUAGAACUUGUCCAAGCUCUCGAGUCAUAUUCAUCGCAUUUAGAGCCAUCUUUCAUUAAAAUCGAACUUCCACCUACAUCUCCAAACGCGACUGUUCCUCCCACAUUCGACCUUUCCAAUAACUACGUCACCGAUCUCGAUGACGAAUUUACCCGCGUCUACGAUGAAUAUACCCGCCGUGUCGCACUAGUGAAGGCUACCGCCGAAAACAUUAUUCAAUUAUGGGCUGAACUCGGCACCCCGCAAGCUCAAACCGACAGCGCGAUUGUUAAAUACUAUCGAGAUGCGCCAGAGCAGCUUGGUCUGCACGAAGAUGAUAUUUCCAGAUUGCGCAUGAAGCAAAGCAAGUUGGUAGAUGAGAAGAAGAGUCGAGAGAAGCGUUUGCGAGAUCUUCGUACUACUGUGGAAGCUUUGUGGGUAAAGCUUGGUGUCGAAGAGCCUGAGAGGAAACGAUUCUUGAACAGCAACCGAGGAUUUGGCAUGCGACAAAUUAACGAGUUCGAAGAUGAAUUGUCAAGGCUAAAUGAUCUCAAGAGACAAAAUCUACAUUUAUUUGUGGAGGAUGCUCGAUACAAAUUACAAGAGCUAUGGGAUGGACUAUACUUUUCCGAGGAAGAGAUGCUCGAGUUCACACCUGCGUUCUCAGAUGUAUACAGUGAUGCUCUCUUGGAGGCCCAUGAACAGGAAAUCGUACGUCUGGAAGUUCUCAAAGAGCAACGUGCACCUACGUUAGCUCUUAUCGAGGAACAUCGAUCACUCGUCAAAGACAGGGAUGACCUUCAAGCAUCAUCACAAGAUGCUAGUCGUCUAAUGAUGCGUGGUCAAAAAGGUGAAAAGCGUGAUCCAACUCGCUUGUUGAGGGAGGAAAAGAUGAGAAAGAGAAUUGCUAAAGACUUACCAAAGAUUGCAGCAAAAUUGAGAAAAGUUUUGGAGGAUUGGGAGGACGAAUAUGGCCGCCCUUUUAUGGUUCAUGGUGAAAGAUACCUUGAUGAACUAGAAACUUCCGAGGUCAAGCCUGCUCCAGGACCACGUUCGAAAACACCAGCUGGACCCCCUCCAAAUUCCAUGAAGCCCCCUCCGAAGACCAUUACUAAGGCUGGAACGCUAGGUCGUUCUAACAGCGCGCCAAGGCCUGGUCCCCCAAGUAGAGCUGGUGCUAGAACGCCAACCGCAGGAGGAACAUUGAAGAGACAUCAAUCUUCCGCUUCAGUAUCUGCCGCAAGUGGUACAAGAUCACCUUCUAGGCUCCCAUAUCGCAUACCUUUGUCAAGUCUUAACCUUCCCAACUCUCCAGAACGCAACCAUCGACGGACCGAAUCGAUGCGGCCUGAAUCAAGACAAGCAACUAGCACAAUUCGUGGUAAAAUGGGCCCACCACCAUCAAGAGCUCCACCUCCAAAGAUGCGUGAACUAUUUGAACCACCUCCAUCAGCUCCUCCUACCCAAACAUAUUAUCACCGCAAUGAGAGCUUUGCUUCUUCAAGCAGUAGCGUUAGACCUAUUUCCCCGGAAGACGUAUUUGAACACCCAGCACCAAAAGCUAAAGAAAGACCUCAAUCAUAUCAGGAUUUGAGGUCAUCAAUGCGAUCAAACUUUAGUCAAUCGUUAACUUAUGGAAGUGCACCACCUGCUAGCAGUCGUCAACUUUCUACUACAUCUAGUUCUGCAAACACUGCCUCUGGCUCUGAGAACUGGGAAACUUAUGGAGAUGUUUCUGAGACUGAGCCAGAAGAAGACUCAAAUGAGGAUUAUUUCGCAAAACUUCGAGCUGCCAGAGCGAAUCGAUACACUCCAGAAGAUGAACCUACUCAAUUCCGCGGUAGUGCUACUGUCAAUAGCAGCAUGAUGAAGAAAAAGGGCUAUCCACUUUAUAAAGGACCUGCUGGGCAAGUCCUUAGUAAUGAUCGAUUGUGCACUCGGAUUGUAUCUGGAAGUGAAGCGAAUUGGACAGAUGAAGAUGCCUUUUAACUGGAUAAUGGUUCCAAAAUAAAAUAACUGGGGUAGGCUUCCUGGUGUUUUUAACCAAAUUAUAUGUCUCUAUUUUUCCAGUUGUCGAUGAUGGGUUCAAAAGCCUAGACAGAUUUCGUUUCUUGUAUUUUUUCUACUUUCCAGCAUAAGAUCUUUUUUAUGGUACGACUGACAUGCUUUGGGUAUGAUUGGAACGGCCUGUUUUCAUCUACGUUUUUGUUCUCAAGCUUCCGGUAUUUCCUUCUUUUGCAUUUACAAGUUUUUUGUAACAGGUUCGGUAACGGGGAAAUGUAGGAGUAAAAAGAAUGGAUGCGAUGAGAGAACGGGCGGAAUGAUCACUGGGAUGGGAUGGAUUAAGGGAUGUAUCAAAGGCGUUUUUUUAAUCACACAUAUAGGAAAUGGGUGAAUUUUGAGGGCCUUUUUUGUGUAUCUAAAUAUCAAUACGAAUUGAGAUGUUAUUUCAAGUUCCGAUUAGAGA